CCUCCCUUAAUUGGGACACUGAAAAGAAAUAUGAUACCCCUAACUUUGCAGAAGAAACAAGAACUCCUCAUUGCCAAGACCAAUCAAAGACGUGUUCUGAGGUCUGAGCUGCCCACCAGGCUGACCAGCUGCAUCUUCCCAAAGCCUGUGACUAGAAUCAGGUCCCAUCUUGACAAUGCAGUCAGACGCAGGCCAAGGGACAAGAGUCUGGAGAAGCCCCAGCAACUCUGCGCGUACAGGAGAUUGCAGGGUCCUCAGGCCUGCAGCAGUGAAGGGGCAAUUUUAAGUCCCAUGGAUUUUGCAAACACCUUAAAAAUAAUUGCUCCAGGAAUUCCAGAGGAAUGCCUGAGUGGAGCUGGUGGUGGGGGUAUGCACAGCCACCCCAGCCCCAUUCCUGUCCCAUCUGCAAGUUCAGUGAAGAGAAGCCCAGGAGUGGGUGCUCAUCUCUCACUGCCCCCCUACAACCAGCCAGUGACCACUGCAGACAUCCAGAGACAGGCUAGGAAAGUGAAGAAAGCCAGGCAAAGGCUAGCUAAGGCCCUGAGGGCAGACAGGCUGGCCAGGGAGGCAGAGAGGGGAAGGGCUGAGGAGGAAACGCUGAUGCACAAAUGA